AUGGACAAAGUUAAUAUGUUGGAAGAGGGUGAGGAAAAUACAGACACGUGGACUUUACAUACUAACCUAACUAAGAAGAUUUUCUUAAAGCCCAUAUAUCGAGGUUCUGGAAAGACCUACACUUGCGUGGGAGGUGAACAAACUGUACAGAUCCUAAAACGGGUGAAAGGAAGCCCGAAAAAGAAAACAAAGUUGAAGAUCUGGAAUAAACAUACCGUUCCUAUAGGGAAACCUAAGGAAGAAGGUGAAACAACACCUUACCCUGGACAAAACAAGCCACGGAAAAAGAAGAAUAAAACCAGACGUGAACGAAACAAAAUGCUUCAGGACAAACUGAAGAUGCUGUGGGAUCAAUAUACCCAGCUACAGAAUGAGAUGAAUAUAUUGUGGAAUCAAUACUAUCAGUUACAUGAUGAAGUGAAGACACAAUGUGGCCACCAGGAUAACCAGAUACAAGAGAACACCAAUACACCAAACGGUCAAGACGAGCAGAUCAAAGAGUUGGUGAUCACACAAUUUGAUCAAAACAAACAAGUGAAAGAAGAGAUGAUCAGGCGCUAUUAUCAAGACAAGCAUGCCAAGAAGGAUAGGAUCACACUAGCCAGUAAUGACCAGCAAGGGCAAGAGGAGGUGAUCACACACUUUGACCAAAAUAAGCGAGAGAAGAGGAACAAACAAUUUUAUCAAAACAAAAAAGUGAAAGAUGAGAUGAUCAGAAAAUACUAUCAAGAUAGGCAUGCCCAGGAUAGGGACACACCAGUCAGUCAUGACAAUCAAGGACAAGAAGAGGUGAUUAGACACUUUGACCAAAAUAAGCAAGAGGAGAGGAUCACACAAUUUUAUCAAAACAAAAAAGUGAAAGAUGAAAUGAUCAGAAAAUACUAUCAAGAUAGACAUGCCCAGAAGGAAAGGAUGGCACUACUCAGUCAAGACCAGCAAGGACAAGAAGAGGUGAACACACACUUUGACCAAAAUAAGCAAGAAGAGAGUAUGACACAGUUUAAUCAAGAUAAUCAAGUGAAAGAGGCAAGGAUCAAAGUUUGCUUUCAAAGCAAGAGGGUUGAUGAAGAGAGAAUCACAUUCUGCUAUCCGGAAAGGCAAGUGAAUGAGGUACCUAUCCCAUUCUAUCAACACACACACCUGCAUGGAAUGAUGAAUACUCUGCAACUACAGCAACUAGUGGCAGGAGGAUACAUACGCCAAGCUAGCACAGAAACAAGAAUCCACAGCUGGCUCAAUCACCUUCACUGCUGGCAUUAA